AUGAAUCACUCUAACUACUCUGAUAAGCACAGAAGGAGCGUGUCCCCCAUUUUAAAGACAACAAGUGAAGAUAGGAAAAUGCUCCAUCACAAUAAAGAAAAUUAUAUUUAAUAUCUUGAGCAACAAUUGGAAAAAGCAGCAACCAUGGUUCAUAAGAAAUAUGAAUAGAGAAUGAGAGGCAUAGAAUAAUUAAUUGAAGAUCAUGAUGAAAAGUUGAAGAACUUCAUUAAGUUAAUUAAACUAUUGUAAAAUUUUGCAGAGACUUAAGAAUAAGAAAACGGUAAGAUUACUAGGCACAUAAAUACAAAAAUGGAGGAAUUAUAUCAUAAUGAAUUGAGAAACGUUAAUCAACAAUUACAUGAAACCCAAUAUCGAUUAGAGUUAUUGGAAGCUACUUAAAUAAAAGAUUAAUAACCAGCUUUUGAGUAGUUUGAGAAAUCCAUAAAUCGUAAAAUCGAUGUUAUGAUGAGUGAAAUUCGAUAGAGCGCAUUAAAAGUAGAUUAUUAGAAAUUAGAGCAACGUAUAGCAAAACUUGAAUAACAACCAGAUCCUUAAAUCAAGAUUCAAGAUACUGAAAGACAGCAUCAUGAUAAGAUAGUAGAAUAAUAGUUAAGCGAUUUGAAAUUACUUAUGGAUAAUCUAUUAAAAGAUCAAGAUGUCUUAAAGAGUAAUGUGCAAAAUUUACAUUCUGAUUUUAAUCAUUAGAAAGUUUUAUCUUAAGUACAACCUUAAAGACAAUCAAGAAAAUCAGUAGCUUAACAAUCAGAAGGAGAAUCUAUAAUGAAACCUAAAUUAUCAGCCAAAGACAAUCUUAAAACAGAUAAAAAAAAUAACAGCAAAAAAUCACUAAGUCGUUCACCAUCUAAUAAAAAACCAAUUGAUAAAAAAAAUUUGAAGUUGAAUUAAACGAAAACAAGUAAGCGUGGACUGCAUUAGAAAAGUUGA